GAGGCCGAGGCAGGCAAAUCACCUGAGGUUGGGAAUUCAAGACCAGCCUGACCAACAUGGAGAAACCUCGUCUCUCUACUAAAAAACAAAAAAAUACAAAAUUAGCCAGGCGUGGUGGCAGACACCUGUAAUCCCAGCUACUCGGUAGGCUGAGGCAGGAUAAUCACUUGAACCCAGGAAGUGGAGGGUACAGUGAGCCGAGAUCGUGGCAUUGCACUCCAGCCUGGGCAACAAGAGCAAAACUCCGUCUCAAAAAAAAAAAAAAAAAAAAGGAGGGCAGGAAGACCUACUGAAAGCCCCAUCCUUGGAGCCCUGGCAUCUCACAGCACCUUAAGCUUUGCCAGUCCCUCCAAUACAAAUUGCUAUCAACUUUGAUCAUUUUUACAAAUAUUUUUCACAAAUAGGAAAUUUAGGAAAUUCAGUGCAUUGGCAACUUGUGAGUACCUUUUCAGUGAGAUUCCUGGAGGAGGAAGACACCAAAAGGAGGGGAAUUUGGACAAGAGGACGGGAGGGAGGAAGAGUGGAGGAAAAGCUUGGCCAGGUGUGGUGGCUCACACCUGUAAUCCCAGCACUUUGGGAGGCAAAGGCAGGCAGAUCACCUGAGGUCAGGAGUUCGAGACCAACCUGGGCAACAUGGCGAAACCCAGUCUCUACUAAAAAUACAAAAUUAGCCGGGUGUGCUGGCAGAUGCCUAUAGUCCCAGCUACUCCGGAGGCUGAGGCAGAAGAAUCACUUGAACCCAGGAGGCAGAGGUUGCAGUGAGCCAAGAUUGCACCAUUGCACUCCAGCCUGGGCAACGAGAGCAAAACUCCAUCUCAAAAACAAAACAAAACAAAAAAAGUCCAGGCGCAGUGGCUCAUGCCCGUAAACCCAGCACUUUGGGAGGCUGAGGCGGGCAGAUCACCUGAGGUCGGGAGUUUGAGACCAGCCUGACCAACAUGGAGAAACCCCGUCUGUACUAAAAAUACAAAAUUAGCCAGGUGUGUUGGCACAUGCCUGUGAUCCCAGCUUCUUGGGAGGCCGAGGCAGGAGAAUUGCUUGAACCUGGGAGGCAGAGGUCACGGUGAGCCGAGAUCACGCCAUUGCACUCCAGCCUGGGCAACGAGCAAAACUCCGUCUAAAAAAAUAAAAAGAAGAAGAAGAAGGAAAGGCUUGAAGCUGUUGAAGCUGGCGUGGGGGAGGAUUUAAUGAGGGGGCGGAGCCCAGAGGGAUAACGGACUGAGGGAAGCAUGUGACCUCCAAGCUGAGGGGCAAUGGGAGUCAUGGCAGCCAUGGUGGUCAGGUGGAGAUGACGGGCAGCAGCGUCUUCGACUACAUUCACCCUGGGGACCACUCAGAGGUGCUGGAGCAACUGGGGCUGCGGACGCCGACGCCCGGCCCCCCAACCCCGCCCUCCGUCUCCUCUUCCUCCUCCUCUUCCUCUUCGCUUGCAGAUACCCCCGAGAUCGAGGCCAGCCUCACCAAGGUGCCCCCCUCCUCCCUGGUCCAGGAGCGCUCCUUCUUUGUCCGCAUGAAAUCCACGCUCACCAAGAGGGGGCUGCACGUCAAGGCCUCAGGGUACAAGGUCAUCCACGUGACUGGGCGCCUUCGGGCCCACGCCCUGGGCCUUGUGGCCCUCGGGCACACGUUGCCCCCGGCCCCCCUGGCUGAGCUGCCACUCCACGGACACAUGAUCGUCUUCCGUCUCAGCCUGGGUCUCACCAUCCUUGCUUGUGAGAGCAGAGUCAGCGACCACAUGGACCUGGGGCCCUCAGAGCUGGUGGGCCGCAGCUGCUACCAGUUUGUCCACGGACAGGACGCCACGAGGAUCCGCCAGAGCCACGUGGACUCGUGCCGGGGGCUUCGUGUGGCUGCAGUCUGUGGCCACGGUGGCUGGGAGCGGGAAGAGCCCCGGGGAGCACCAUGUGCUUUGGGUCAGCCACGUGCUCAGCCAAGCCGAGGGUGGCCAAACUCCUUUGGAUGCCUUCCAGCUUCCAGCCAGCGUGGCCUGUGAGGAGGCAUCCAGCCCGGGGCCAGAGCCCACAGAGCCGGAGCCUCCGACGGAAGGGAAGCAGGCUGCCCCAGCGGAGAACGAGGCCCCCCAGACCCAGGGCAAACGCAUCAAAGUGGAGCCCGGCCCGAGGGAAACCAAAGGCUCCGAGGACAGUGGCGACGAGGAUCCCUCCGGCCACCCGGCCACACCACGGCCCGAGUUCACCUCUGUCAUCCGGGCAGGGGUCCUGAAGCAGGACCCGGUGCGGCCAUGGGGCCUGGCGCCUCCCGGGGACCCCCCGCCCACCCUCCUGCACGCGGGCUUCUUGCCGCCGGUGGUGCGGGGCCUGUGCACGCCCGGCACCAUCCGCUACGGCCCCGCGGAGCUGGGCCUGGUGUACCCGCACCUGCAGAGGCUGGGUCCGGGCCCCGCGCUCCCGGAGGCCUUUUACCCGCCCCUGGGCCUGCCCUACCCGGGGCCCGCGGGCACCAGGCUGCCGCGGAAGGGGGACUGAGGACUGGCAGAGCUGCCGGCGCUGGACCCUGCGACAACCGGGGUCCCCCAUGACAGUAGGCCCGGCUCUGCCCGUAGCCCUGAGAAUUAAACGCCGGCUCUCCCUGCA